AUGACGGAGAUACAAACCAAACCCUUCUCGCUGCCUCCUAUCUAUCAAAAUCAAGAAGGUUUAAAGAAGCAGAGCAAAAACAGAACAAACAGGGGCGACCUGAAUUAUAACCAAGAAGAACACAAAGCAAAGCAAUGGCAAGGAACUUGAACAUGGCGGUUUUCGCAGCCCUAGUGGCAGCUUUGGUAAUUAGCUCUGUCUCAGCAGUCACUCAUCAAGUCGGUGAUGGUUUGGGCUGGACCAUCCCUCCCGGUGGAGCUGUGGCUUACAGUACAUGGUCAUCAAACAAUACCUUUAAAGCCGGCGACAUUCUUGUCUUUACAUUUGCAAGCGGACAACACGACGUCGCAGAAGUGACCAAGGAAGCCUUCGAUGCCUGCAAUGCAACCGCUCCCAUUUCCUUGACGACCAACUCACCAGCAAACCUUACCCUUACUUCUGGAGAGCACUACUACAUCUGUACCUUCGGUAGCCACUGUGGCACCGGACAGAAGUUGGCCGUCAACGUUACCGGAACUACCUCAUCCCCUUCUCCGGCUCCCAGCACGAGUCCUCCUACUUCGUCGCCGGCUCCGGUUCUUGCUCCUGAGCCAAGCAGCAGUGCUAGCCCCCCUGCACCUUCUGCCCCAGCACCAAGCCCCUCAGCUGGACCCACCAAUUACACUGUCGGAGACACCGCCGGAUGGAAUGUCAUCGGCAACGAUACUUACAGCACCUGGGCUUCUAACAAGACCUUCAUGGUUGGUGACAUUCUAGUGUUCAACUUCUUGAAUAGAUCACACGACGUGGCUGAGGUGACCAAGACAAAUUACGAGUCAUGUGGCACCUCCAACACACUCUCUUUCUACACAAACCCACCCGUUAGAAUCACACUUAACACAACCGGCGAGCACUUCUUCAUCUGCACUUUCCCCAACCACUGCAACAACGGCCAGAAGCUCGCUAUCACCGUUAAAGGCACCACCACCACACCGACCUCCGCCCCCGCACCUUCUCCAGGCGGCUCUGCCCCUACUCCAAGCACUACUGCCACUCCACCAAGCACCGGCGCCACCCCACCAAGCGGCGCCACCACUCCUUCCACCCCUGCACCCGGCAGUGAGCCACCUAGUGCCGCGACAUCUCUUGGCGUUGCUGGCCUAUCCGUCACCUUCUUGUCCAUUGCUGCAGCUUUGUUCAUGUUUUAAGUAAAUUAAUCGUGACAGUAUACAGUUAAUUUUAUUUGUGUGUAAUUCAUUUUAGGCGACCACAGCUAGUGUGAUUGUUACUGUUGUUAUACAGAUUGAUCAUCUUGUUUUUUUUCAUGAAUAAUUAAUAAAGCUGGUUUUGACAUUUCAGCUUAA